AUGACAGAGAAUAUAAUUACACAGGUGUCCCAAGAAUCGUACGCACCGGCUCCUCAGCAAGCAUACGAGGAGGGGGAUAACAUAGAUUACGAUUCUACAAUACAUUUGAACAUUAGAGGUAUGAAUUUCACGAUAACCAGAGAUGAGUUAAUGAGCUUACCGGAGAGCAUAUUAUUAUGUUUAUUCCCAAAUGGUGUAUUUUUGGAUGAAAAUGGGCAAGUUAUUACCAACUUGACGGAGGAAGAUAUCGUGUAUGUUAAUUUUGAACCAGAAUGCUUUCAAUAUAUUAUCGACACAUUUGGCCUGGCUCAACGUGAUUUACAAGAAAUGCCGGCUGAGUCGCCCCAAGUUAGUGGUUACGGACGUUUUUCUCAGCAGGAAACAGGUGCCAGUGUGUUACAAAGUAAGCCGGCUAUUAUUGUCUUGAGAGAGGAUUUGGACUACUAUGUUAUCCCACCAAUCCUGGGCCUUAACGCAGAGCAAAUAAGAUAUAUCAAAUUGCAAGUCUCGGAAGGCUUGACGAAGAAUAAAAUGAUAUUCAGCGGUUUAGGCUACGACCCCUCGCUCUCUCCUUCAGUCGAGCAAAGAUUGGGGCCUGCAGAACAGCAUUUGUUCGACAUGUUAUGUUCCAGCGGAUUUGAACCAACUGGAAAAUGGGGCAGCAGAUCUCCGGAACCUAGUAAAUGUGUUAUUCUGUCGUUGCUGUUGGUACGUUUGAGACCAGACGAACCGCAGACUCCUGACUCGCCAUCGUUAGAUCCAAUACCAUCUGAAACGUCGCUUACAUCGAGAAAGUCGAGAUCUCGAAUCGCAAAUUUAGCUUCCAGCGCAUCGAGGGCUGCUUCUAGGUCAUUAUCUAAGAAUAGAAAAAGUGUGAAUUCCAACCAAACCAAGCUUUUAUUGUUCUGGAGGAAACCAGCUAGAAAGUGCUGGUGGUCAAAUCAAACUAUAGACAUUGAUGUGUCAAGCAUAUUGCCUAACCAAAAGAUAAUGACCGUUAAAGUACAUGUUAGAAGAGUCUGGACUUUGGAAUUAUCUGUUAUUGGUGUUCAAUAA